AUGGCCUGUUGGGGCAGCAGCGAGCUCGGCGAGGUACGGGCACGGCGGCUGCUGGGGCAACUGGGUGGUGGCGGGCGGAGCAACGGCGGCCGGGACGGUGGCGCGCAGUGGCUGGGACGGCUGGGCGCGGCUGCUGGGGGCAGCGGCUCCUCCCCCGUCGAGGGCAAGGAGGAGCUCCCCGAGAAAUCAGAGGUGGAGGAGGCAGAUCAAGAGGACCGAGAGAUCGCCGCUCCGGCCGAGGCUUCCGACGAGGAGGCCUCGGCCGAAGAUGACGAUGGGGACGACGCCCGGAAAGAGAAGGAGAGCGAGGAGAAUCCGAAAGGAGGGAGCUCCGUGGAGAAACAGGGCGUGCCCAAGAGGAGGAGGAAAUCGAGCGCGGCGAAGAAAGAUUCGGUGACGCCCGGAAUCGAGCGGCCCACCAGAGAAAGGACAUUGGUGGAGCUGUAUUCCGCUCCUGCCCUCGUCAGGACGCCCUCCAGCAAGGGCUUCUCCAUCGAAAAGGGUCGUGGUAUACAGCUUAAGGACAUUCCCAAUGGUAUGUUUCCAGCUUUAAUUGUUUCCUCAUGGUUUACAGUGGGUUGAUGACCAUAGCCUAUUGCAUUCGUGUAUGAUUGGUUUCUUAUGUCUUUUUUUUUUGCUAGACUAUAAUUGGUUAUAGGUUUCCAGUUGGAUCCAAUUGUUAACAAGGCUGCUUUAUACUUGUGAUGUGUUCUUAUAAAAUCAGAGUUUUGAGGCUUUAAAUCAGCGUGCGGUUGCAGUAGUUGUGGAUCCCAUUUAGAGUGUCGAAGGGAAGGUGGUGAUUGAUGCCUUCCGUUUGAUCAACCCACAAACCAUGAUGCUUGGCCAAGAACCCAGGCAGACAACCUCCAACCUUGGACAUCUCAACAAACCGUCCAUCCAAGUGAGUGCUGACCAGAUAAUGCUCUCUUUGAAUAUUGAGUUUUGAUCUUAUCUCCUGGGGUUGACUUCAUAUUUUUAGGCAUUGAUCUAUGGGCUGAACAGACACUAUUACUCAAUUGCCAUCAAUUACAGAAAGAAUGAACUGGAGGAAAAAAUGCUACUUAAUCUUCACAAGAAGAAAUGGACAGAUGGCUUGACGCUUCGCCGUUUUGACACACAUUCUCAAACCAAUGAACAGACUGUUCAGGUAAGUCAAGGUCUUAAUCUGUCGCAUCUAGAUUAGAGAAUUGGUUGCACCAGUCACUUAGAGGUGGAUUCUGGACAACGCAAGACAAGGCCCUCUGCUCAAGCAUAUUUUCAUCUAGUGUCCAUGUUUUCCUAAUUAAUUAAGAUCAAUUAGCUUGCGAUGCAUAUAGACUUUCAUUGAACUAGAUGUUGAGAAGCUGUCGUUUCUUGCAAAACGAAUGAUUGUUUUCAAAUUCAGAUCCUUGUUUUAGUUGGAUUUUUAUUUUGGGUGUCCAAGGCUCGGAGGAGAAAAAUUUAGGUUUUAUCAUCCAAAAGCUAAGGACAUGUGCUUUAUGCUUUAGGUGUAGUGUUGUUCAUUCUUUGGUAUAUUCUCUUCCAAAAACUAUUCAUGAAAGUGCACUGCAAAGAUCCUUUUUUAAAAGGAUUGGCAAAGACCUAUUCAAUGAAAA